CAUUUGAUUAUGUCCAUCUUGUUCUUCUUAUAGCAUCGGGAGGAUGCCUUUAAAUGUUCCUGCUUGUAGCUUUGGUAUUUAUCUGGGUAUUCCUGCUACUAUGGAGAAAUAAAACCCAAACAGUAGCUAUGCCUGGAAAAAGUCAAGAAUCAGCUGAGAAGGAGAUUUCCAUUGCACAGUCCGAUUCUCAUGCAGAGAGCCUUUCCCUCUCAGCAGCUGUACCCAAAUCGAAAUGUAUCGAUGGCAACAACCGUCCGCAGUGUUUUGAGUCUACAGGUCUUUCCGACUCAGGAGCAGAGUCUGAUCAUACAGAGGCCUCCUGUGAGGUAAAUUCACCGCAUCCACAGCUGCAGGACACCCAGAAACCCUCAAAAGCCAUCCCACCGAGGCUGAGCUCAAGAUCAGAGAUGAGAGGGCGCCUCAAGUUCAUCCUUGGAGCAUCGGAAGAUAAUUCCUCAGACGAUGAAGUACUAUUGACAAAACCUCCAAGGGGAGCAUCAGCUUCCAAAUCCAUCACUGAGCAGGCAAUUGCUGCUGUGCCACCACCCAGCUCUGUGGUUCUAAAGCCUAGCAUGUCUUGUCCUCACCUGGUGAAAAAAGGACGUGAACACAGAAAGAUGGAUCUCCACAGGGAUUUCACUGUAGCAUCUCCUGCUGAGUUCGUCACUCGAUUCGGUGGCAACCGGGUCAUAGAAAAGGUGUUGAUCGCCAAUAAUGGCAUUGCUGCAGUGAAAUGCAUGCGUUCCAUCCGUCGCUGGUCCUAUGAGAUGUUUCGUAACGAGAGGACGAUCCGUUUCGUGGUCAUGGUCACCCCUGAAGACUUGAAGGCUAAUGCAGAAUACAUAAAAAUGGCCGACCAUUAUGUGCCUGUGCCUGGUGGCUCCAAUAAUAACAACUACGCCAACGUAGAGCUGAUUGUAGAUAUUGCAAAAAGAAUCCCAGUACAGGCUGUGUGGGCUGGCUGGGGCCACGCAUCUGAAAACCCAAAGCUGCCUGAACUCCUGAACAAAGCAGGGAUUUCAUUUUUGGGUCCAUCCAGUAAGGCCAUGUGGGCUCUUGGAGAUAAGGUGGCAUCUUCUAUUGUUGCUCAGAGCGCUGACAUUCCCACACUACCAUGGAGCGGAUCAGGUCUGAGAGUGGAAUGGACCGAAGAGGACCAAAGACAGGGUCAUGUAAUCAGUGUUCCUCAAGAGAUCUAUACACAGGGCUGUGUCCGUGAUGUAGACGAUGGUCUUGAAGGAGCUGAAAGGAUUGGUUAUCCAGUAGUUAUCAAGGCCUCUGAAGGUGGAGGUGGAAAGGGCAUCCGGAAAGUUGAAAAUUCAGAUGAUUUCCCAAGUUUCUUCAGACAGGUUCAGACAGAGGUUCCGGGAUCCCCCAUUUUCAUCAUGAAGCUGGCUCAGCAUGCAAGGCACCUGGAGGUGCAGAUACUAGCAGAUGAGUAUGGAAAUGCAAUCUCCUUAUUUGGACGAGACUGCUCCAUACAGAGAAGGCACCAGAAGAUCAUUGAGGAGGCUCCCGCCACCAUUGCCCCCACCUCAACUUUAGAGCAGAUGGAGCGGCAUGCAGUUCGAUUGGCCAAGAUGGUGGGCUAUGUUAGUGCCGGUACCGUGGAGUAUCUCUACUCAGAAGAUGGAAGCUUCCACUUUUUGGAGUUGAAUCCUCGCUUACAGGUGGAACAUCCAUGCACAGAGAUGAUUGGAGAUGUAAACUUGCCAGCUGCCCAACUGCAGAUUGCAAUGGGCGUCCCUUUGCACAGAAUUAAGGACAUCCGAGUGCUUUAUGAGGAAAGUCCAUGGGCGGACACCAUCAUUAAUUUUGAAACUCCAGAAUGCAUUCCAAAUCCAAGAGGGCACGUCAUAGCUGCUCGGAUCACGAGUGAGAAUCCAGACGAGGGGUUCAAGCCCAGCUCUGGCACUGUGCAGGAGUUGAACUUCCGCAGCAGUAAAAACGUCUGGGGUUAUUUCAGUGUCGGGGCUACUGGUGGCCUCCAUGAAUUUGCAGAUUCCCAAUUUGGACACUGUUUUUCUUGGGGAGAGAACAGAGAGGAAGCCAUCUCAAACAUGGUGGUGGCUAUGAAGGAGUUGUCCAUCAGAGGGGAUUUUAGGACUACGGUGGAAUACCUCAUCAAGCUUCUUGAGACUGAGAGCUUCAGAAACAAUGACAUCGACACUGGCUGGUUGGAUCAUCUCAUUGCAGAGAAAGUUCAGGCAGAAAGACCAGAUACCAUGCUGGGCAUUGUUUGUGGAGCUCUGCAUGUCGCUGACGCCAGCUUCAGAAAGAGCAUGGCAGACUUCCUGCACUCCCUAGAAAGAGGCCAGGUGCUGCCGGCAGACAGCCUGCUCAACUCUGUCAAUGUAGACCUAAUAUAUGAAGGAGUCAAGUAUUGUUUGAAGGUGGCUCGCCAAUCUCAAACAACCUACGUCAUCGUCAUGAACGGCUCAGACAUUGAAGUAGACGUUCACAGGCUGAAUGACGGGGGUCUCCUGCUGUGUUAUGAUGGCAACAGUCACACUACAUACAUGAAGGAGGAAGUAGACAGCUACCGCAUCACCGUUGGCAACAAGACUUGUGUUUUUGAGAAGGAGAGGGAUCCCACAGUGCUGAGGUCACCCUCUGCUGGUAAACUACUGCAGUACACAGUGGAGGAUGGAGGUCAUAUUUUUGCAGGGGAACCUUAUGCAGAGAUUGAGGUGAUGAAGAUGGUGAUGACUCUAACUGUUCAGCAAUCUGGUUGUAUACACUUUGUCAAGAGGCCAGGGGCUGUUUUGGAGCCUGGUUGUGUCAUGGCAAGUAUGGAUCUGGAUGACCCCAGCAGUAUACACAAGGUGGAACUCAACACAGCCACAUUGCCGCCCCAGCAGACAUUGCCAAUGGUUGGAGAAAAGCUUCACCAGGUGUUCCACAAUGUGCUUGAAAAUUUGGUCCGUGUGAUGGACGGGUAUUGCCUUGAAGAGCCUUACUUUAGCACUAAGCUGAAAGAAUGGGUCACAACCCUGAUGAAGACUCUGAGGGACCCGUCACUUCCAUUGCUGGAACUUCAGGAGAUCAUGACCAGUGUGGCCAGUCGUAUUCCAUCUAGUGUUGAGAAGGACAUCCGUAAGGUCAUGGCUCAGUAUGCAAGCAACAUCACCUCUGUCCUCUGCCAGUUCCCCAGUCAAAUGAUUGCCAACAUUCUAGACAGCCAUGCAGCCACACUGCAGAGGAAAGCUGAUCGGGAGGUUUUCUUCAUGAACACUCAAAGUAUUGUUCAGCUGGUGCAGAGAUAUCGGAGUGGAACCCGUGGUUACAUGAAAUCUGUGGUUCUUGAUCUGUUGAAACACUACCUGCAGGUAGAGAUGCAGUUCCAGCAAGCUCAUUAUGAUAAGUGUGUGAUCAACCUGAGAGAGCAGCACAAACCGGACAUGAGUCCUGUGCUCGACUACAUCUUCUCUCAUGCUCAAGUGUCUAAGAAGAACAUCCUAGUGACAAUGCUCAUUGACCAGCUGUGUGGACGUGAUUCCACCCUUGCUGAGGAGCUCAUGUUUAUUCUGAAUGAACUCACACAGCUGAGCAAGACGGAAAACUCAAGGGUUGCAUUGAGAGCCAGACAGGUCUUGAUCGCCUCCAAUAUGCCACCGUAUGAACUGAGACACAACCAGGUGGAGUCCAUCUUUCUGUCAGCUAUUGAUAUGUACGGCCAUCAGUUUUGCCCCGAAAACCUAAAGAAACUUAUUCUCUCUGAAACCUCCAUUUUUGACGUCUUGCCCAACUUCUUCUAUCACUCCAAUCAAGUUGUGUGCAUGGCUGCUUUAGAGGUGUACGUUCGCAGGGCGUACAUCGCCUAUGAGUUGAACAGCAUCCAGCAUCACCAGCUAAUGGAUGGAACAUGCGCCGUGGACUUCCAAUUCAUGCUGCCUUCAUCACAUCCAAACAGAGGGAGCAGCCCUACUCUGAACAGGCUUCCUGUGGCAGCAGGUGGAUCUGGCCAGUUCAAAGUGAAGCGGCAGGGCAGUGAGCUGUUAAUGGACGGAGCCUUUUCUCCACCUUGCCAACGAAUGGGAGCUAUGGUAGCUUUCCAGUGCUUUGACGACUUCAAAAGAAAUUUUGAUGAAGUUCUGUCGAGUUUUGCUGAACCCCUCUUGGAAAACGCCUCGUUUUUAGAGUCCUGCCCAAGUUUUUUUGAGGAGGAGAACACAAAGAACAACCGGGAGAACCUCAUCCACAUCAUUAACGUGUCAAUAAAAACAGCAGACACAGAGGAUGAUGACGCCUUAGUCAAAGCCUUCACUGCUUUCGCUCAAUCAAAGAAAGCCGUUCUUUUUGACUAUGGAAUAAGAAGAAUGACCUUUUUGAUCACUCAGAAGAGAGAAUUUCCAAAGUUCUUCACCUUCAGGGCUCGAGAUGAGUUCCAGGAGGACAGAAUUUACAGGAAUUUGGAGCCGGCUCUCGCAUUUCAGCUGGAACUGAACCGAAUGAGGAACUUUGACCUUACAGCGAUUCCCUGUGCCAACAAGAAGAUGCACCUGUAUUUGGGAGCUGCUCGGGUCCAAGAAGGGGCUGAAGUAACAGACUACCGCUUCUUCAUCCGGGCAAUUAUCCGCCACUCAGAUCUCAUAACAAAAGAAGCUUCGUUUGAGUACCUUCAAAAUGAGGGAGAGCGCCUGCUGCUGGAGGCCAUGGAUGAGUUGGAGGUUGCCUUCAGUAAUACCAGUGUCCGGACAGACUGCAAUCACAUCUUCCUUAACUUUGUCCCUACUGUCAUCAUGGACCCAUCCAAAAUAGAAGAAUCUGUUCGCUCCAUGGUGAUGCGCUAUGGCAGUCGUCUUUGGAAACUGCGGGUCCUGCAGGCUGAGCUAAAGAUCAACAUUCGUCCGACACCGACUGGCAUUUCCAUUCCUAUCCGCCUGUUUCUCACCAAUGAAUCAGGCUAUUAUUUGGACAUUAGUCUGUAUAAGGAAGUGAUUGACUCAAGCUCUCGACAGAUCAUGUUCCAGUCUUAUGGAGACAAGCAGGGUCCGUUACAUGGCAUGCUGAUCAACACCCCUUAUGUGACCAAAGACCUGCUGCAAGCCAAGCGCUUCCAAGCUCAAACACUGGGGACUACCUAUGUGUAUGAUGUCCCUGAGAUGUUCAGACAGGCAUUAUUCAAGGUGUGGGCCCCAGGAGACAAAUGUCCUAAAGAUGUGCUGAUUUGCACCGAGCUCGUUCUGGAUCCAGAAGGUGGACUUGUUCAGAUGAACCGGCAGCCUGCAGAUAAUGAUGUGGGAAUGGUGGCAUUUAGGAUGAAGAUGAAGACCCCCGAGUAUCCAGAGGGCAGAGACAUUAUUGUCAUCUGUAAUGACAUCACUCAUAUGAUUGGUUCAUUUGGUCCUCAGGAGGACGAACUGUUUCUCAGGGCAUCCGAGCUGGCUCGGGCUGAGGGUAUCCCCCGCAUUUACAUUGCAGCCAACAGCGGGGCUCGCAUUGGCCUGGCCGAAGAGGUCAAGCAUAUGUUCCAGGUGGCGUGGAUAGACCCUGCUGAUCCAUACAAGGGUUUCAAAUAUCUUUACCUGACACCACAGGACUACACCCGAAUCAGCUCCACCAACUCUGUUCACUGUCGGCAUGUAGAGGAAGGAGGAGAGUCAAGAUACAUCAUCACAGAUAUCAUCGGGAAAGAUGAAGGUCUUGGUGUUGAGAACUUGCGAGGUUCAGGCACUAUAGCAGGGGAAUCUUCUCAGGCCUACGAAGAGAUUGUCACAAUCAGUAUGGUCACGUGUCGCGCUAUUGGAAUCGGAGCCUAUCUGGUGCGCUUGGGACAGCGAGUGAUCCAGGUGGAGAACUCCCACAUCAUCCUGACUGGAGCUGGAGCUCUUAACAAGGUGUUAGGAAGAGAUGUCUACACCUCCAACAAUCAGCUGGGGGGAAUUCAGAUCAUGCACAACAAUGGGGUCACUCAUACAACGGUCCCUGAUGACUUUGAGGGUGUCUUCACCAUCCUGCAAUGGCUCUCGUACAUGCCAAAGAACAACCAGUCUCCUGUGCCUGUUAUAGCAACCAGUGAUCCAGUGGACAGGGAGAUAGAGUUUGUUCCCACAAAAGCGCCUUAUGACCCCCGUUGGAUGCUGGCUGGCAGGCCUCACCCUGUUUCGAGAGGGGUGUGGCAGAGUGGAUUCUUUGACCACGGCUCUUUUAUGGAGAUCAUGGGGUCCUGGGCUCAAACAGUCGUUGUUGGAAGGGCAAGGUUGGGGGGUAUCCCGCUUGGUGUAAUCGCCGUCGAAACGCGUACAGUUGAGCUCACAAUCCCUGCAGAUCCUGCAAACCUGGAUUCAGAGUCUAAAGUUCUACAACAAGCUGGCCAGGUUUGGUUCCCAGAUUCUGCAUUUAAAACGGCUCAGGCAAUUUGUGACUUCAAUCGUGAACGUCUGCCUCUGAUGGUGUUUGCCAAUUGGAGGGGCUUCUCUGGAGGAAUGAAAGAUAUGUAUGACCAGGUCUUAAAGUUCGGGGCCUACAUUGUGGAUGCAUUGCACAAUUUUCGGCAGCCGGUGUUGGUGUACAUCCCACCCCAUGCUGAAUUGAGAGGUGGGUCCUGGGUUGUUAUAGAUCCCACCAUCAACCUGCUGUGUAUGGAGCUCUACGCUGACAGAGAGAGCAGAGGAGGCGUGUUGGAAGCAGAGGGCACAGUGGAGAUUAAAUUCAGGAGGAAGGACCUACUGAAGGCAAUGAGAAGACUGGAUUCAGUCUAUGCCGGUCUAGUUGAGCAACUCGCAUCAUUGGAUUGGUCAGACAAAGAAAUCAAGGAGUUGGAGGAGAAGCUCAAAGCAAGAGAAGAAUUCCUGUUGCCUAUCUACCACCAGGUGGCGGUGCAGUUUGUGGAUCUGCAUGACACUCCUGGCAGAAUGCAGGAGAAAGGGGUCAUCACUGAUAUUUUAGACUGGAAACAGGCGCGAACCUUCUUCUACUGGCGCCUUCGACGGCUCCUGUUGGAACAGGUGGUCAAGUGUGAGAUUAUGGAGGCCAAUAAGGAUAUGAGCGAUGGGCACAUGCAGUCCAUGCUGCGGAGAUGGUUUGUUGAAACGGAGGGAACAGUCAAGGCUUAUCUUUGGGAUAACAACCAAGCAGUGGUGGAGUGGCUUGAGAAGCACUUGUCAAUGGAGGACGGCACACACUCAGCCAUUCGAGAAAAUAUUAAGUACUUAAAAAGAGAGAACGCUUUAAAGCACAUUCGUAGCUUGGUGCAGGCCAACCCUGACAUAGCCAUGGACUGCAUCAUUCAUAUGAGCCAGAACAUUGCUCCCUCCCAGAGGGCCACAUUAUCACACUUGCUUGCCACGAUGGACACCAGCAGUUCUGACACCAGUUGAGCUCUGGGAUUUUAUCAGCCAUUGAAGAGAACAAAUACUCCUUUUUUUUUUAAGUUUAUUGUACUGUUGAAAUGUGUAAGCACAAAAUCACCCAAGUGUUGAAAGGCCCAGGAGCUAAAACUAAUAGAAUGUAGACAAGAAUUUCAGGGCUGGAAUACUGAUGUUCCUUUUGUACCAAAAAAAAAAGAAAAAAAAGAAAAGCACAUUUAAACAGUAAUGGAAAAUCUGUCCUGUUGAGCUGCCUUUUCAUGCUCGUCAUAAUCCAAAGCUUUGACAGUGUAUUGAAUGUUUGAAUGAAGAAAUUAGAAAUUUCACCUGUUUAGUCCUGGAAGCCUUCCUCUCUACUCGGCCUAACACUGUAAUGCACUCCUCACUUUGCUGUAUUAAGUCCAUAUGUUGUCAAUCACUUAAUGACUUAAGUUUUGCCUUAUUUCAUUGUGUGCAGUGUAUUGGGGCUUUAUGAAAUGAUAUUAUUUUUGUUUGCCCCCCAGUUAUAAUUUCUAUUUAAAGUUAUAACAGAACUUGUAUGUUUGUCUUUUAAUAUCAGCUGUGAAAAAUAAGCUCAGUCCAUCCCACACAUUGCUCCUGUAAGCAAACCACUUCCUACCCUGGCACAUUGACACACCUUUUUUUUAUUUCUCUCUUUAGUAAAUGUGUUGCUGAAUUAAGAUGAAAAGACUCAGUGAUUACAGAACUGACUCUGAUUCUUAAUUCCAUUUGGACUACUUAACUUUUGUGAACUAUGACAAAAUAAGACUGAUCAAGAGAUCCUUGAUAAAGCCAAAAAAGAAUGCUCUGGCAGAUGGAUAUUAUUAUUGUAGAAAUAUUGUCACAAUCGUUUGACUGCAGGAGGAAAUAGAGUUGUGCAAACUACAUUAAAUCACGGAAUUUUAUAGUAGCAACAACAUUACCUGGAUUAAUAUAAAGGUUUACAGUGGAAGCUGGUCCUUUUUAGUAUCAGAAUUGGACUAAAAAACAAACAAAAAAACAUAAGUACAAGAAUAUGAAAUGCUGAAGGAGUUAGUAUGUGUUUUCAUUACUUAGUUUUUUAUUAUCUGCUCUACAUUUUUUCACUAAUUUAAUGCAAAACUGUGUAAGUCAUAUAUAGAUUACUGGUAUAUGAAUUCUGCUGUUGCUAUAUUACAUUCUUUAUUACUAUAGCACCCAGCUCAUAAAAACAAAAUUUAGUUUGUAAGGAAAUUUUGAUGCAAA